AUGAAUUCUGUGGCUGGGAAUAAAGAGAGAAUUGCAGUCACAACCCGAAGCAGGAAAUAUGGGGUGAACGAUCCCUGCUCCCCCACAAGAUCCACGGCGCCUUUCUCUCCGGAAAGCUGGUACAGGAAAGCUUAUGAGGAAUCCCGGGCCGGCAGUCGCCCAGCCCCAGAAGGAGCUGGCUCCGUUCUGGGAUCGUCCGGCACGCCUUCUCCUGGCUCGGGCACUUCCUCGCCCGGUUCCUUCACCGAUUCGCCAGGCCCCGCUUCCCCAGGCAUCGGCUCCAGCUCUCCCGGGUCGCUAGGGGGCUCGCCGGGUUUCGGCACCGGCUCACCCGGCUCCGGCAGCGGCGGAGGCUCCUCCCCAGGUUCAGACCGCGGUGUCUGGUGCGAGAACUGCAAUGCCCGCUUGGUGGAGCUGAAGAGACAAGCGCUCAAGUUGCUCAUCCCCGGGCCCUUCGGCAGCAAGGACCCAGCAUUCUCUUCAGUGAUUCAUGACAAGCUACAGGUGCCCAAUACUACCCGGAAGGCUUGGAAUGAGAGAGACAAUCGGUGUGAUGUAUGUGCUACACACCUGAACCAGCUGAAACAGGAGGCCAUUCAAAUGGUGCUGACACUUGAACAGGCUGCCAACACUGAACAUUGUGAUGCAUCUCCUGGUUCCCCUCCUCCCCUUCCCACUAUUCCAGCUGUAGUGGGAUCCCGACAUAUGGGCAGCUUGCAGCCCAGGGAUUGGGCAUACAUGUCUGCUCCCUGUGCUACUUCCAAUUAUGCUGGCUUUCUACCUAACAAACUCAGCGGGAAACCUAACAACAUAGGGAUCGUUAAUGGGAUGGAGAAGAAAAAUGGUUCCUUGGGACACCAGGCAAAGGUCAGCGUACAGAUGGCCACCAGUCCAAGCAAUGGUAACAUCCUGAAUUCUGUGGCUAUUCAAGCUCAUCAGUACCUAGAUGGCAGCUGGUCUUUGUCAAGAACAAAUGGUGUUACCCUGUAUCCUUACCAAAUCUCCCAGUUGAUAACUGAGACUGGCCGAGAGGGUCUGACUGAAGCUGUGCUGAACCACUACAACGCAGAUAAACCUUCCUUGUACAGCUUCCCUGGUUCCCAAGCCACAUGUGCUACCAGUGACACAUCAACUGGCACCUCAGUGGCAGCUUCCUUUUUCGCCAGAGCUGCUCAGAAGUUAAACCUGUCUUCCAAAAAGAAGAAACAUAGGCCCUCCACAUCCUCAGUUCCUGAAUCUCCUCUGUUUGCUACCAAGUUUAGCACUAUUCUACAAACUUCUUCUCCACCUGCUCCACCAUGUUUGCUGAGGGCAGUCAACAAAGUGAAAGACACUCCAGGACUGGGCAAGGUGAAGGUCAUGGUGCGUAUUUGUUCUACACUGGCCAGGGACUCUUCUGAAUCCAGCGCCUUCUUAAAGGUUGAUCCUCGCAAGAAGCAGAUUACUCUGUAUGACCCGCUUUCUUGUGGUGGCCAGAACUCCUUCCAAAAGAGAAGUGGUCAGGUGGUGCCACCCAAGAUGUUUGCAUUUGAUGCAGUUUUCCCUCAAGAUGCCUCUCAGGCCGAAGUCUGUGCAGGAACAGUAGCUGAGGUGAUCCAGUCUGUGGUGAAUGGUGCAGAUGGAUGUGUAUUUUGCUUUGGGCAUGCCAAACUAGGAAAGUCCUACACCAUGAUUGGAAAGGAUGAUUCCAUGCAGAACCUUGGCAUAAUCCCUUGUGCCAUCUCCUGGCUUUUCAAGCUGAUUAAUGAACGAAAAGAGAAGACAGGAGCUCGUUUCUCAGUCCGAAUCUCAGCAGUGGAAGUGUGGGGAAAAGAAGAAAAUUUGAAAGACUUGCUGUCAGAGGUAGCAACAGGCAGUUUACAAGAUGGUCAAUCUCCAGGUGUCUACCUUUGUGAGGACCCUAUUUGUGGCAUGCAGCUUCAGAAUCAAAGUGAACUCCGGGCCCCCACUGCAGAGAAAGCUGCCUUCUUCCUUGAUGCAGCUAUUGCCUCACGUCGAAGCAGCCAACAAGAUUGCCAUGAAGAUGAUCACAAGAAUUCCCACAUGCUCUUCACUCUACACAUAUACCAAUACCGAAUGGAGAAGAGUGGCAAAGGAGGAAUGUCUGGAGGCCGUAGUCGCUUGCACCUCAUUGACCUGGGUAGUUGUGUUAAACCCCUCAGCAAAAAUCGAGAAGGAGGUUCUGGACUCUGUCUUUCAUUGUCAGCUCUGGGCAAUGUUAUCCUUGCCCUUGUCAAUGGCAGCAAACACAUUCCAUACAAAGACAGCAAGCUGACCAUGUUGCUCCGGGAGUCCCUCGGGAACAUGAACUGCCGUACCACUAUGAUAGCUCACAUUUCAGCAGCUGCAGGGAACUAUGCUGAAACACUUUCCACAAUCCAGAUUGCAUCAAGGGUCUUAAGAAUGAAGAAAAAGAAAACUAAGUAUACAUCAAGCUCUUCUGGAGGAGAAAGUUCUUGUGAAGAAGGGAGAAUGAGGAGGCCAACCCAGCUGAGACCUUUCCAUUCUCGAAAUGUGGUUGAUCCAGACUUCCCGAUUCUUCACUUGUCAAGCGAUCCAGAUUAUUCAUCUAGCAGUGAACAGUCAUGUGACACAGUAAUUUAUGUGGGGCCCAAUGGCACGGCCCUCUCUGACAAGGAACUGACAGAUAAUGAAGGCCCCCCGGAUUUUGUCCCCAUAGUUCCUGUCCUUCAGAAAACCAAAAAUGAAGGCAAGCUGGAGGAAAUGAAUGAAACAGCCUCCAGCACCUCUGAAAAAGACUGCUUGAAGUGCAAUACUUUUGCAGAACUGCAGGAGAGGUUAGACUGCAUUGAUGGCAGUGAAGAGACAGACAGAUUUCCUUUUGAAGAACUUCCUGUUCAGUUUAACUCAGACCAAAUGACUAAGUGCCCUUUGUCCAGCCAAGUGGCAGAGCCCAUUCAUAUGUCAGAGCAAGACAUGGAAGAUGGCAUAGCAGAUUGUCAACAUCCAGAUAAAGAUGACAGGGAAAAUCUCAAUACAGCAGCCAACAAAAUACAGGGAAGUCACUCACCUAUUCACACUGGGGUACUUCAUGAUACUUCCACUCCUUCCUCUCCUAGAAGUGUUACAGGCAGUCCUAGUAGCCAUAUUUCCUCUUCCCAACAAGCAUACUAUACAGAUCUGCAAAGCAGCCGAGAAAGUCUUAACACCUGUGGCUUCGUAGAAGGCAAACCUAGGCCAAUGGGUUCACCACGGCUUGGCAUUGCAAGUCUUUCCAAAACAUCUGAAUACAAGCCACCAACUUCUCCUUCUCAGAGAUGCAAAGUUUAUACCCAGAAAGGGGUAUUACCCAACCCUGGACCUCCACCAUCAUCACUAAGUAAGGACUCUGGAAUGGUGUCUAGUGAAUCUCUGAUGCAGCCAGAGAUCCGUACUCCACCCAUUGGAAUGAGCCCUCAGAUUAUAAAAAAGUCGGUGUCUUCCAGCAGUGUUGGUUUUGGAGAGUUAAUGGAUGAUGAAGAGCAGACCCUACAAUCUCUUUCUCCCACAUCAAAGAAAGAGAUUUUGAGUACCACCAUGGUCACAGUGCAGCAGCCGUUAGAACUGAAUGGGGAGGAUGAGUUGGUAUUCACUCUGGUUGAAGAGCUAACCAUUAGUGGGGUUCUAGAGAAUGGGCGGCCAACAAGUAUUAUCAGCUUUAACAGUGAUUGCUCUGUGCAGGCUUUGGCCUCUGGAUCUAGGCCAGUUAGCAUUAUCAGUAGCAUUAGUGAAGAUCUAGAAUGCUAUGCCAGUACAGCUCCUGUUUCUGAGGUCAGCAUCACUCAAUUUCUGCCUCUUCCGAAAAUGGGACUGGAUGACAAAGCUGAUGAGGCUGAAAGCCGGCGCUCGUCUAUUAGCUCAUGGCUGAGUGAAAUGAGCACCGGCAGUGAUGGAGAACAAUCAUGUCACAGUUUCAUAGCACAGGCAUGUUAUGGUCAUGGGGAAGCAAUGGCAGAAGCUCCUGUGUCUGAACUUGCAAGGACUGUACAGAAUAGCAGCAUGGUCUGUACAAAUGAUAAUCAAAAACCAGUGUCUGAGAAUAUGUUUGUUCUUCCAGAAGUUGUUGAAGAAAAUAUUAAUAAAAUGUCACCUAUCAAAGGCUGUAAAAUAUCAGCCCUGGGAAAGACUACAGUCACUGUUUCAAACACCACAAGCCUAAGCAGUUGUGAAGGCUUCAUUCCAAUGAAGACCAACAUCACCGUAUAUCCAUGUAUUGCUGUUAAUCCCUUUAAGGUUCAAGAAACUCAUGAAAACGUAUCGGUAGCAUCUUUGUCAGCAAAAAUCCCACCUCCUCAAGAAGUAAAAGAAUCCAGUUUAAGAAAAGAGAUAAAAUUUGAUGAUCCUUGGUUGAAGAGGGAAGACAAUGUAAAGAAAGAAAACAAUAGUGCAAGUGUUGGGCCCAAGUCUGAAGCUGUACCAGAGCAGAAUAAGAAGCAGAAUGCAGAAGACAGGUUUAGUACCAGCAGUAGUGAGAUCUCUAGCUCCCCAGGAUCUGAAACUCUGAAGAGAGUUGUAGAUGGGUGCGAAACAGGAAUACUGAAUGCUACAAACCACAGCCCAUUUCAUUCCACUGAAAACAUGAAGAACAUCUGCUUCACAAAGGGAUUCCAGAAGGGCAGCAAGCCAGAAGAACUGGAGGGAGUUCCAUAUCAUUUUGUUGAAGAGAACAAGACCAUGAGCUCUGGUGUUGCUUCUCAGUCUUCAAAAGCUAGUCUAGAACAAAGGAUUGCUUCCCCCAAGCACUGUAUUCUGACACGUCCAAAAGGAACACCACCAUUGCCUCCUGUGAGAAAAUCUAGCUUGGAUCAGAAAAAUAGGGCCAGCCCUCAGCAUAGUGCUUGCAAUAGUAGCACAGGAAGCCCUUCCAACCAAUCAGCUUCUUUUCUGGCUUGUUUUCCUGAUGAACUGAAUGGGAAACAAAAGGGUUCCACUAUGGAGAGUAGUACUAACAGUAGCAGUAAGCUGUUUAGUGCCAAACUGGAACAACUGGCUAGCAGAACCAAUUCCCUGGGAAGGUCUAGUGGGAGCCACUAUGAGUGCCUCUCAUUGGAAAGAGCAGAGAGUCUGUCAUCUGUCAGUUCUAAGAUGAGUCCUGGGAAAGAUACCACAAUGCCCAGAGCUGGACGGAAUCUCAGUCGUAGUGCAAUGUCUUCACCAACAAACUCAGGCAUUUCUCAGUCUGCUGGUGCCUCUCCAAAGGCAAGUCAGUCAAAGAUCUCUGCAGUGAGUAAGCUCCUUUUGGCCAGUCCUAAGGCUAGAAACCUUGCUGCCUCAACCACCAAAACACUUAGCUUUUCUACCAAGUCCCUUCCUCAGUCUGUGGGACAUAGUUCAAGCUUGCCUCCAAAUGGGAAGAACAUGUCCUGGUCCACUCAGUCUCUCAGCAGGAGCAGGGGCUCUGGACUUUCUUCAAAACUGCCUCUCAGAGCUGUCAAUGGGAGGAUUUCAGAACUCCUGCAGGGUAACACAGGCACCAGAGGCUUGCAGUUACGCCGGAAUUCAGAUACUGAUGAACGUGGUGGGAUUCAUGGAGAUGAGAAGCCGCCUGUUCACCUGCUGCCUUCACCUUACAGCAAGAUCACUCCACCUAGGAAGCCUCACCGUUGUAGCAGUGGUCAUGGAAGUGACAACAGCAGUGUCCUGAGUGGGGAACUGCCUCCUGCCAUGGGGAAAACAGCCUUGUUCUACCACAGUGGAGGAAGCAGUGGGUACGAAAGCAUGAUGAGAGACAGUGAAGCAACAGGGAGUGCUUCUUCAGCACAAGACUCUAUGAGCGAGAACAGCAGCUCGGUCAGUGGGCGCUGCCGAAGUCUCAAAAACCCUAAAAAGCGUCCAAAUACAGGUUCUCAGAGACGGAGACUCAUUCCAGCUUUAUCGCUUGACACAACAUCCCCAGUAAGGAAACCUACCAGCCCAGCAGUACGCUGGGUAGAUGGACCCUUACGAACUGCCCAGAGAGGAAUGGGAGAGCCCUUUGAGAUCAAAGUCUAUGAGAUCGAUGAUGUAGAGCGGCUCCAGCGGCGGCGCAUGGGAGACAGCAAUGAGUUGAUUUGCUUCAAUGCUAAGCUGAAAAUAUUGGAACACCGGCAGCAGAGAAUUGCAGAGGUCAAGGCCAAGUAUGAGUGGUUAAUGAGAGAGCUGGAAGUGACCAAACAGUACCUGAUGCUGGAUCCUAAUAAAUGGCUCAGUGAAUUUGACCUGGAACAGGUAUUUGACUUGGAUUCCCUGGAGUAUUUAGAAGCUCUUGAGUGUGUGACGGAGCGCCUGGAGAAUCGUGUCAACUACUGCAAGGCCCACCUCAUGAUGAUCACCUGCUUUGACAUCACUUCCAGACGUCGGUGAAACAUUAACUUCAAGAAUGUCCCAGACUGCUGCCC